UUGAGGUGUGGUCAUUGUAAGCGUUUAGCACCAGAAUAUGAGAAGGCUGCAACGAAACUAAAAACCAACGAUCCACCAGUGGGGCUUGCAAAGGUGGAUUGUACAGCCGAGACAAAAACUUGUGGUAAAUAUGGUGUUAGCGGUUUUCCAACGUUGAAAAUCUUCCGAAAUGGCGUGUUCGCACAAGACUAUGACGGACCACGAGAAGCGGAAGGUAUUGUCAAGUACAUGCGAGGACAAGCUGGACCCUCAGCAGUGGAAUUGAAGAGUUAUGAGCAAUUUGAGAAGUUCGUCGAUACUGAUGAAAUGAGUGUCGUUGGUGAGUCGUCUUCAGUGUUUAUUUCGUGA